GCCAUACGCGAGGACGCAUCUUCCGGCUCAGGUCCUCAGAGCUGCUGUCUGCGGGACUGGUGCCCGGAAGUUCCCGGAAGUGGCCGGGCCUCUGACUUCUGAUGCGGGUCGGGUAAAAUGGCGGUGGCAGCUGUGUUCCCGGCCCUUCCGCGGGUGCUUGCUCUGUCAAGACGCCACCUAGUGUCUCCUUCACUCAGAGUGACAUCAUUCAGACGCUGCUACAGAGGUGACAGCCCGACAGAUUCCCAGAAGGACAUGAUUGAAAUCCCUUUGCCUCCAUGGCAGGAGCGAACUGAUGAAUCCAUAGAAACCAAAAGGGCCCGGCUGCUCUAUGAGAGCAGGAAGAGGGGGAUGCUGGAAAACUGCAUCCUUCUCAGCCUCUUCGCUAAGGCACAUCUGCACCACAUGACAGAGAAACAACUGAACCUCUAUGAUCGCCUGAUUAAUGAACCCAGUAAUGACUGGGAUAUUUACUACUGGGCUACAGAGGCAAAGCCAGCCCCAGAAAUAUUUGAAAACGAAGUCAUGGCCCUGCUGAGAGACUUUGCUAAGAACAAAAACAGAGAGCAGCGACUGCGGGCCCCAGAUCUCGAAUACCUCUUUGAAAAGCCACAUUGAGCUGAGGGCCACUGCCUGCCUAGCCUCGGUCUGCGGAUGCUCACUGCUUAUGAUGGGUAUUGGCCUUGAUGUCCUGCUUCUCCUUAGACGCUCAGCCCACCCAGACCAUUGGUCCUGCCUCCAGUGAUGGACCCGCCUCUCUCCUGAGGACAUGUAAAUGUUCAGUGUAUCUCACUCUAAGACCUUGUGGUUCCGUUCUAAGCCUCAGAGCGGUUUGUCUAAGUUACCGGUGUUCGGGCCCAACUUUUCUCUGGCUCCACAGGAGGGCGCUGUAGGGAAGCGGUUGCGCCAGCUUGUUGCUUCAGCCAGAGUGAACUCAGUGCAGAGGGGCAGCCAGCUCUUCGUGCUGUGUGGAAAGCUCCCCGGGUGACCCAGGGCUUUGUUCCAGUGAAAUUCCCCCUUCCAACCUGGGAUGGUUCUUUCUGCCAAGGGAAGCUGAUCCAGGCCCCCUGAGCGGAAUCCUUCAAAGGCCCAGCAGGCAGAUGAGGGCAGUGGGCAGGAAUGGUGUGGGCACGCAUCCUCAUCCGAUUUUCUCUAAAAUGCUCACUUUGUAAAUUGAACGAUAAUUGAAUAUUAAAGAGUAUUUUAAAAAGGAAAAUCACAACUCCCCAGCCCUCACACAAUUAUUUUAAUUUUGUCUCUUCUCAUGUAAUCCACAGGCAUACGUUUAUAGAGCUUUACAAGGUCACAGUCGUAGGUUUUAGCUUCGUGCAGCACUAUAGCAAACAUUUUCUAUAUUUCUACAGUCUCCACGAUCAUUUUAGUUGACAAACUAAUAAUGCAUAAGAAAUAAUAUGUUAGGAUGAAUUAGCUGAAAGUGUUUAGCUCUAGGACUAGAAGAUUUCGACAUUGCCAGGAGGGUAGUCUCACUGGAGGAAUUUUCCCCUAGGAGCUGUAAUCCAAUCAGAACGGCCAUCACCCAGACUGGGCCAGGACCAUCAAAGGUGCGAUCGGAGGAAGGCAGGCCUGAAUCGCUAGGCAGGCGGUUGGUGAGCACAGAGCUGCGCGCAGGCAGGAAGCACACGUUUCCAGCACUAUUGAGCUUCGCGGUCCCCACGGAGCGUCCUCGUGGUCCUGCCUGCCCCUCAGUGUCCCUGGCUGAGGAGAGAACCCGCCUUUAUUUACUCACACGAUCUCAGUAGAGCUUCACAGCUCUCCUGCAGACAAGUGGUGUCACACCUAUUUUGUAGAUGAGAAAGUGGGCUCAGAGAGAGUGAUUUGUCCAAGAUGAAGUCACUACUCAGUCAGAAAGCCAGAAUCUUGCUCAGUUCAGUCUGUCUCCAAAGCUCAUGAACUUUCUUCCAGGACAUGCUACCUUACUGGUGGAAACUGUGUAGAAGUCUACGCUUUGGGAGGUUACAGCAGAGAAACUUGACGGUUCUGAGCCAUGACCUGUGUGUCACAUAGGGCAGGGGUCCCCAACCCCCCGGCCAUGGACUGGUAUUGGUCCACGGCCUGUUAGGGACCGGACCACACAGCAGCAGGUGAGCGGCGGGCGAGUGAGCAAAGCUUCACCUGCCGCUGUGCAUCGCUCGCACUACCGCCUGAACCAUGCCCCACCCCCCCACCAUCUGUGGAAAAAUUGUCUUCCAUGAAACUGGUCCCUGGUGCCAUGAAGGUUGGGGACCGCUGACACGGGGAACAGGAAGCUGCCAGGUGCCUCCCAAAGUACGCACUUGGCCACCCACGGUAGCUCUCGUAAAGUGAGGGUAGGAACUGGUUACAAGUCAGAUCCUGACUCUGCUGCUUACUGUCUGGAUAAAUGAAUUGGCUUGAGCCUCGAUUUCCUCAUCUAUAAAGUGGGGAUGAUGAUGCUCCCUGUCUAACUAUCUGUGAAGAUCAGACGUGAAGAGAUAAAGCACACGGAGCUCUUCCGUGGUCCCCAGCACGCGGUGAGCUCUCGGUAGAUAUUAGGUGGCAGCGUUAGGUCAUGGCCUCAGCCUGAGAUCUAGGAGCUGUGUCCUAACACAAAUGGCCUGCCAUGUCAGCGAGGUCACCAGAGCUUCAUGCAAGGCAGAGUCCUGCAGGUAGAAAACCAGACCUGUUAGGAACCAGGGGAUGUCUUACCAGCCAGUAAAGACUGGAGAGAAAGCAGACCCUCUGGUGUCAAGAACUUCGAUGGAAAAAUCUGUAGCACUGUCACCUGAGCCAGGAAUGGGGGUGAGAAAUGGCGGCAGAAGCAGACAUCGAUCGCCCUGGGAGCUCAGCGCAGGCUCUGGCCAAUCUCUCGGGCCUCACCUGAUGUACUGUGUGGAGAAUGUUAAACAGAGUUUAUGCAGAGAGAUGUCUGGACUGUCAGAAGUGCACAUGCGUUGGGCAGCGACUUACGCAUCUAUCCUGGACUCUUGUGCAACAGAUCCCAGCAGCCAAGUAUGCAGCCUGGGCUUUAUCCCCCUGGGGUUUGAUCUCUCCUCACCCUGAUUUUGUCUUUUUUAACAUAACGUUCAGCUGCUGCCACUUUGACCUGGGAAUGGCAUGCUUCUAAAGGAGAUGUUUUCUUCCCAGGCUGCUGUCUUGUGUCAUCUCUGAAAGUGAAGGAUCUUGCUUAACUUCAGCUGCUCAGUGUCAGACCAGGGGUGCUAUGUAAACAGUUUUUCCCUUUAUUA